AUGGCACCCGAGGUGGGCCUGUCUCGCUCUACCUUUGCGAAGCUUUCUCCUCAUCCGUAUCUGCUCGCAAAUCUUGAGCCAUCCGACGACUCUAUCCCACCGGCACGAAGCAAUGGCCGAGCUCCUUUCGAGGUUCGGAAACCUACGGUGAAUCUGUCCAGCUUAUCACAUGCCCACGGAAGUGCCCUGGUGCGGACAGGCGAUACCACCGUCAUUUGCGGAAUUCGGGGCGAAACUAUCCUGACAGACCACAUCCCCAACUUUCGCGCAUCCAAUACACAGACAGAACUGGCCGACUACGACCUACUGGUUCCGAAUAUUGAACUGGCCACCGGGUCAGCACCACAAUUCUUACCCGGCGGUCCGCCCACAACCCUCGCCCAAACAUUGAGCACCAAAAUCUACUCUCUUCUACACAGCUCCAAACUGCUGCGCGCCGAGGACUUGCGGAUAUGGCACAAACGACCUGCCGAAGCUCCGAUCUCAGGCUACGAGGACGAAGAGGAGGUGGGGAAUGAGAAACAAGAAGGGGAAGAGUACGUGGUGGCAUACUGGGUGCUGUAUAUCGACCUAUUCUUCAUCUCCUUUGAUGGCAAUCCGUUUGAUGCCGCUUGGGCUGCAACUGUGGCUGCUCUUCGCGACACCAAGCUCCCCCAAGCUCGCUACGAUCCAGACAGAGAGAUGAUUAUAUGCUCAAAGAAGGACCCUAGACCUCUCACGGUGGAAAGCAUGCCCAUUGCUUGCACAGCAGUCAUCUUCACAGGCAAAGAGACAAAGGAACAGGCUGCGGAUGGCAAAUUCUGGAUAUUGGCUGACCCAGAUACCCUGGAGGAGUCAUUAUGCGACGAGACAGUGACGAUUGUCAUUGACUGCGCAGGCGGCUCAAGAAGAAUACUGUCCAUCUCGAAGCACGGAGGCACAGUCAUGACGGCGAAGCUACUUGGGUCGAAGGAGUUCCUCGACUGGGCAAGCAAGCGGUGGGAGGGCUUUGCAUCGGCAAUGACGGGCGGCCGAUAAAUCUAGAAUACCAUAAUACCAUAAUUGUCCAAGCAUUGAGAGCCAUUUUGCUCCAACUUGUUCCGCUGGCCAGCUUAUACAAAGCAAGCACCAAUUAACACUAGCAAACUCUGCACAUAGUACCAGAUAGAGGUAUGGAAUAGCAAACAAAAUUCAUGGAUC